AUGGUGGGCGAACUCGGUUACAAGGUUGAGCCGCAAUGGCAUUCGAAGCCAAAUUACAUCCGGGUGAUUUGUGUUGGUGCCGGUGCGGCAGGCCUGCUUGUGGGAUACAAGAUGAAGAAAGAUUUCAAGAAUUACGAAUUCGUCUGCUAUGAGAAAAACUCCGGGAUUGGUGGAACGUGGUUUGAGAAUCGGUAUCCAGGUUGCGCUUGUGAUGUUCCCGCACAUGCGUAUACCUAUUCCUUUGAGCCAAAUCCAGAGUGGUCGAGUUUCUACGCCUAUGCGCCGGAGAUCAAGCAGUAUUUUGAGAAAUUCGCCGACAAGUACGAUCUGCACCCCUCGAUAAAACUCAAUUCCAAAGUUCUAUCGGCAACUUGGGUGGAGGACAAAGGCAUCUACGAGGUUGAGGUUGAUUCCGAAGGUCGUAAGAUCAACGACUGGUGCCAUGUCAUCAUAAAUGGCACCGGUUUUCUCAACAACUGGAAGUGGCCAAAGAUCGAAGGACUGCAUGACUUUGCGGGGCAGCUUCUUCAUAGCGCAAACUGGGACACAUCGGUUGACUACACGGACAAAACGGUUGCGGUAAUUGGAACAGGAUCGUCCGCCAUUCAAAUUGUGCCCCAGGUCCAGAAGAAAGCAAAACAUCUGACCACGUUCAUGAGAUCUGUGACAUGGAUUUCUCCGCCCGUUGGAGGCCAAGUUCUUGAAGAAGACAAGAGCCAUUCAUCAGACUCGAGUCAAGCCCAGGCUCCUCAGGCACAAUACUGGUACACGGAGGAGGACAAGAAGAAAUUCCGCGAAGAUCCUGAAGCGUUGCUUGAAUACCGAAAGAAACUCGAAUCAAGUGUCAACAAUCUGUUCGAUAUGUUCAUCGCCGGAUCGGAAACAUCCAAGUGGGCCGAGAAACUGAUGCGCGAAGAAAUGCACCGGCGGAUCGGACCCGGGCAUGAAGAGCUCAAGGAGAGAUUGAUUCCAAAAUGGGCACCAGGAUGCCGAAGAAUAACUCCUGGCGACGGCUAUCUCGAGGCUUUGGUUAAAGACAAUGUGACGCCCAUCCAUAACGAGAUCGUCAAGGUCGUGCCGGAAGGACUGAUCGAUGAUGCUGGUCGGCUGCACAAGGUCGACAUACUUGUUUGCGCAACGGGCUUCAACCUCGCGUUUGCGCCGCCAUUCAAAGUCCUCGGAGUUAACGGUGUCAACAUGGCAGACGAGUUCAACCCUGAACCACACGUCUACCUCGCCCUGACAGUGCCCAAAUUCCCCAAUUAUUUUGUUGUGAAUGGUGUCCGAGGCAAUUGGGCCUCUGGGACAUCUCUCCCAUCGCAUGAGGUCCAAGUCGAAUACAUCUUGCAGUGCAUGAAGAGAAUGCAAGAGGAGAACAUUCGAGCCCUCGAAGUUAAAAUGGAGCCAGUGAAGCAGUUAUACGAGCAUAUCGAUGAAUGGCACAAGGGUUCCGUCUGGAACACGGAGUGCAAGAGUUGGUAUAAGAACAAUAUCAUCGGCGGUAAGCUGUGGAUCUGGGGUGGUUCGGCGCUCCAUUACAUGAAAACCAUCAAGUUCGUCCGAUGGGAGCAUUAUGAUUUCCGAUAUAACAACAAGAACAUGUGGUCAUUCCUCGGCAAUGGUCGCGUCGAGGCUGAAGUGAUGAAAGAUACUUCAAGAUUAGCACCCUACAUGAGGAACGAGGACGUACCUUGGACAAUAGACUGA